UGACAUUACAUUUCUUGUUUGUCAUUCCCAUGGUUCGAUCGGCAUCAUCGAAACAAGAACUUUAUAAACUUGGUUUUAGUGCAGAAAAUAAUUCACAAGCAGUUUUAAAAUGGAAGCUUUGAUGGGAAUUCGUGGUCCGGAUUUCGUGAUGCUUGCUGCGGAUUGCACUCACGCUCAUUCUAUCAUGGUUCUGAAGGAUGAUGAGGACAAGAUCUUAAAGGUAUCGGAUAAUUUGAUGAUGGCCACCAUGGGCGAACCAGGCGAUCGUGUCCAGUUUACCGAAUAUAUUAGCAAAAACAUUCUGCUGUACAGAAUGCGCAAUGGAUACGAGCUCGGCCCGUUAGCUGCUGCACAUUUCACACGAAGGAAUCUGGCCGAUUAUUUGCGGUCACGUACACCUUAUCAUGUGAACAUACUUGUCGGUGGUUACGAUGAAGUGGAUGGUCCACAACUACAUUAUAUCGAUUAUUUGGCGAACUCUUUGCCGGUAAAGCAUGCUGCCCACGGCUAUGGUGGUAUGUUUGUGAACAGUAUCUUCGACCGGUACCAUCACGAUAAGAUCACACAAAAAGAAGCGUAUGAAAUUUUCCGCAAGGGUGUCACGGAAAUUCACAAGCGUCUGAUUUUGAACCUACCGAAUUUUAAAGUGGCCGUGAUAGACAAAGAUGGUGUGAAAUACCUUGACGAUAUCACACCAGAUUCCUUGAAGCAAGCUUCCGCUGCUUAGGCGAGACAAAACGUCCGUAGCGUACAUUUGUCUCGAGGGCCUUCUUUAUGGGGAAGACUUUUUGUCAUUUAUUCGGAAUAAAAUGGAUCACCAUAAAA